CCAAUAGCCACGGCCUCAUUUGCAUUUUCUGCCAUUUCUGUUCUUCUUCUCAGUCCUUACCUCACGUCAAUUUUUUCUUUCAAUUAUGUAGGAAUCCCUUCCCUUCAAUUCUGUAGUGAUCUGGGCCCAGUUGUUCUCCGAACUUGCUCUUCAGUUUAACUUGGGGUACUCGGAAAUCAGAUACCCUUUCGUGGAAUUUGAAUUGCUUUUUUCCCCCCUCUUCAUGGCCCUUCAUAUCGGCAGUGCGUGUUUUAGUGUUCUGGGUCACUCGAGAAUUCACAGAGUAAAAGCAGUUGCUUCUGAGGGUUCUGCUACGCUUAAAACAGAAGAAGAGAAGGUCAAGUUGGGUGGUUCUGACUUGAAGGUGACAAAACUUGGAAUUGGUGCUUGGUCUUGGGGUGAUACUUCUUUCUGGAACAAUUUUGAAUGGAAUGAAAGGAAAGAGAAAGCUGCCAGAGAUGCUUUCAAUGCCAGUGUUGAUGGAGGCUUAACAUUUUUUGAUACUGCUGAAGUUUACGGUUCUAAGUUUUCGCUAGGAGCAAUAAAUUCAGAGGUUCUUCUUGGAAGGUUUAUCAAGGAAAGAAAACGUAGGGAUCCCGAAGCAGAGAUUGCUGUUGCAACCAAGUUUGCUGCAUUGCCCUGGCGGUUUGGCCGUCAAAGUGUUCUCUCUGCCCUAAAAGAUUCCCUCAGUCGACUUGGACUCUCUUCAGUGGAGCUUUAUCAGCUUCACUGGCCUGGAGUAUGGGGAAAUGAAGGGUAUAUUGAUGGACUGGGAGAUGCUGUUGAGCAAGGCCUUGUCAAGGCUGUUGGUGUGUCAAACUAUAGUGAAAAGCGGCUCCGUGAAGCCUAUGAGAAGCUUAAGAAGAGAGGCAUUCCAUUGGCUUCAAACCAAGUAAACUAUAGCCUCAUCUACCGGGCCCCUGAGGAGAAUGGUGUGAAAGCCGCAUGUGAUGAACUUGGGAUCACAGUGAUUGCAUAUAGUCCAAUUGCUCAAGGAAUUCUAUCCGGAAAGUAUGGUCCUGAAAAUCCCCCAACUGGCCCUCGAGGCAGAAUUUAUACUCCAGAGUUUCUAAGAAAGCUCCAACCUUUGCUGAGCAAAAUCACAGAGAUGGGACAGAAGUAUGAUAAAACAAAUACACAGGUAGUCUUAAACUGGCUUGUAGCACAAGGCAAUGUUGUGCCUAUUCCAGGAGCUAAAAAUGCUGAACAAGCUAAGGAAUUCGUUGGUGCACUGGGUUGGAGGCUAAACGAUGAUGAGAUAGCAGAGCUAAGAAGUAUGGCUUCAAAGAUUGAGCCUGUUGUUGGUUUUCCUGUUGAAAAACUCUGAAAAAUUAUUAUGUUAACUAAGCCAGGAAAGUUAUCUGUAAAUUUUUCAACAGUGUACAAAUAGAGAAAAGCUAGUCACUUUGUCUAGCAGAUUUGUACUUGGCAUAGCUUUUAUAUAAAUGCCAUUGUGAAGUUUAGUUUUCUGUUUGAAAGAUUACUUUCUUUAUCUAUAUGGCCUCUCUUGUCAGAAAAAUAAUCAAUUCAAUAGCUUGAUUGAUAAAAA